AUGAGAUUAUCAACUAUUCAUAUAAGAAAAUGUAUACCGAAGACUCAAUUUUGUAAAUAUAGACCUAUUCAAAAAAGAACAUUUCAUUCAUCAAUUAUAAAAUAUAUAGAUUAUGAUCCAUAUAAUACAUUAGGAAUAAAUAAAUCUGCUGAUGCAAAACAAAUUAAAAAAGCAUAUUAUGAUUUAGUUAAAAAAUUCCAUCCAGAUGUUAAUAAAGAAAAAGAUGCUGAAAAAAAAUUCCAUAAAAUUCAACAAAGUUAUGAAAUAUUACGAGAUAAAGAUAAAAAAGCUCAAUUUGAUCAAUUUGGUCCAAAUGCAUUUGAUGAAAAUGGAAAUCCAAAUCCUUUUGGUGGAGCAGGUGCUGGUGCAGGUCCUGGAGGAGCAUCAUCUGGUAAUCCAUUUGCUGGAUUUGGUGGAGGGGGAUUUAGUACAAGUGGAGGAGGAAAUCCAUUUGCAGGUAUGGGAUUUGAUUUUGAAGAUUUAUUUAAAGAAGCAUUUACAGGAGGUAGAGGAUCAUCAAGAUCACAAGGAAGAGCUCAUUUUGUGACAGAACACGUUGGAGAUAAUGUUGAAGUACUAAAACUGAUACCUUUUAAAGAUAGUAUAUUUGGUAGUAAAGUUACGAUAAAUUAUAAAGUUGUUGAUUCUUGUGGAACAUGUAAAGGUAGUGGUUUAAAAACUGGUGCCAAGAAACAAACUUGUCCAACUUGUCAUGGUACUGGUCAAACAACUCAUAUUAUGGGAGGAUUUCAUAUGGCAUCAACUUGUCCAACUUGUCAAGGUACUGGGGUGACAAUUUCAAAAGCCGAUGAAUGUAAUACAUGUCAUGGAAAUGGAGUACAAGAAAUACCAAAAUCAACUACAAUAGACAUACCACCAGGAAUAACAGAUGGUUCAAGAAUAAGAGUUCCAGGAGCUGGUGAUGCACCAUUUGUAACAAAAGAUGAUUAUAAUCAACUUCGAAAUGGUGAUUUAAUAGUUAGAAUAAGUGUACAAAAAGAUCCAGUAUUCAAAAGAGAUAAUAAUGAUUUAGUUGUGAAUCAAGAUAUAUUAAUGACAACAGCUUCAUUAGGAGGUGAAAUUAUUGUUCCCACAUUAGAUGGACAAAAGAUAAAACUUAAGAUAAGACCUGGAGUUCAAAAUGGAAGAAAAUUAAUAAUACCAGAAAAGGGAGUUCCAAUUAAUAGAAAUUUAAAUAAUAGAGGUAAUUUGGAUGUUAUAUUGAAUGUGAAAACGUUGAUUGCCGAAACACCUACUCAAACUGCGUUACUAGAAGCAUUAGCAGAUGCGUUUAAUGAUAAAAAUGCAAAAAGAAAUGAUGUUGAUUGGCAAUUAGAUGUUGAAGAUGCAUUAAAAUAUGAUGCAAUGGAUGAAAAAGAUUUGCAUCCUUCCAAAUUAGCAAGAAUCGGCAAAGUUUUGGGAAAAUUUUUCAACUUUGAUUCUGAUAAAAAAGAUGAUAGUAACAAGAAUAAUAACAAUGAGAGCAAAUAG